AUGUCUCUUGCAUCCAGCAGUGCAACUUGCCUUUCGUCAGCCAUAAGAAACAACUCCCCCGAGCACGAAUCUUUCCAAAAGUUCUUCGAAUGCUGGCUGUCCGGGCAAAACCAACACCUUCAGGAGCUCAUCUCCGCCGCUAAAUCUCCUGCUUCGGCGGCGGACGAGGCAGCGUUGCGCUCGCUCAUCGAGCGGGUGGUUAAGCACUACGAGUGCUACUACCGCGCCAAGGCGACAUGGUCAAGGCGCGACGUCUUGGCCAUGCUCACCCCGUCGUGGCGGAGCACCCUCGAGGACGCCUUCCUCUGGAUCGGGGGGUGGCGGCCGAGCAUGGCCUUCCACUUGCUCUACUCCAAGUCCGGCCUUCAGCUCGAGGCCCCCGGGAGGCUCAGCGAGCUGAUAAAUGCCAUGACAACGACGACGGCGACGGCGACGGCGAUAAGAGAGGACUUGGCCGACAUCUCCCCAGAGCAGCUGUCCCGAGUGGACGGGCUCCAGAGGAGGACUAUAAAGGAGGAGAAGGAGAUCUCAGAGGAGAUGGCCAAGCGCCAGGAGACCCUGGCGGCCCCCGACAUAGUAGAACUUUCUCACGUGGUAUCAGAGCAAAUGACGGCCGGCGGCGGCGGUAGUCGCGACGGUGAUGAGGAGGAGGAGGAGGAGAGAGUGGAGACGGCUUUGAAGCCGAAGGAGAAAGGGCUUGAGGAGGUACUAGAGAGGGCUGAUGAGCUGAGGCUGAGGACACUUAAGGAUGUCAUUCACCUGCUCACUCCUAUUCAGGCUGUCCAUUUCUUGAUUGCUGCUGCUGAGCUCCACUUGAGGAUCCAUGAGUGGGGCAAGAAGAGGGACGCCAAAACUCAUCAACAGCGACAUCUCGAUUAA